AUGGAAUACGACACAGCAACGGCCAACGGAGCCCUCGAGCCAGAAGCAAAGAACUACGCACACGAAUCAACGCCCGGCACUGGCAACUCCGAUGGACGUCUUCGUGUCAAAGGUCCCCAGGUUGACACCAGCCUCCUCGCGGAACCGAUAACAUUCCCGUUCUCAGGUCGGACAGCCAAGAAUCGCUUCCUCAAAGCCCCCAUGACCGAACGUCUUUGCCACUGGAACGAGGAAGACAUCACACUCCGCGGCUACCCCUCGAAAGAAUACGAAAACCUCUACAAGACCUGGGGUGAGGGUGAGAUCGGUAUCAUUGUUUCUGGAAACCUGAUGGUCAGACACGAUGCUGUCGAGGGCUUUGGCAAUCCCAUUCUGGAGCACAAUCGAGACGACCGAGUCGACGCAUUCAAGAAAGUCACCGCUGCAGCUAAAGCUCACGGGUCGUUGAUCAUUGCUCAGCUCUCUCAUCCGGGUCGUCAGGGAUCCAAGGCUCUGAAUCCAAACCCAGUCUCCGCUAGCGACGUCCAGCUCGCGAUCAAAUGGGCUGGGAAUGAAUUCGCCAAACCGCGUGCUCUCACCAUCCCCGAGAUCAAAGAUAUGGUCAAGCAAUGGGGCGAGACUGCCUACCUCUGCUACAAAGCUGGAUGGGAUGGCGUGCAGGUCCACUGUGCUCAUGGAUAUCUUCUCGCCCAGUUCCUCGCUGGUAACACGAACAAGCGAACAGACGAAUACGGCGGCUCCUUCGAAAACCGCUCCCGCAUCAUCUUCGAAAUCAUCGAAGAGAUCAAACGCCGCGUCAACGAUCCCUCCUUCAUCAUCUGCGUCAAACUCAACUCCGUCGAAUUCCAACCGGGCGGCCAAACCCCCACCGACAUCACCAACCUCUGCCUCGCCCUCGAAAAAGCCCAAGUCGACUUCCUAGACCUCAGCGGCGGCACCUUCGAAUCCCGCGCCUUCGAACACAAAAAACCCAGCACCAUCGCGCGCGAAUCCUACUUCAUCGAAUUCGCCGACCAACUCCGCCCGCUCCUCACGACGACAAGACUCUACGUAACAGGAGGCUUCCGCACCGCCUCCGGCAUGACGACCGCGCUCGCCGACAAAUCCUGCGACGGCAUCGGGAUCGGACGACCCCUCGGCGCGGAGCCGUAUUUUUGCAAGGAGGUGUUGGAGGGGAGGGUACGGGGUGCGAUUGAGAAUUAUAUGCCGUUGCCGAAGAAUACGCAGGGGACGGGGACGCAGCUGCAUCAGAUCGGGCAAGGCCACGCGUUGGUGAGCGACUGGAGCGACGAGGGCGAGGUGCAGCGGUGGUUGGAGGCGGAUAAGAAGGAGGAGGCGAGGAAGAUGAGUGUGUUGCCCAGGGUCGAUUCGUCGGGGUAUCCGUCGCCUUUCAAGGCGGAGGUGGGGUUUGCUUAUGCUAGAGGAUAG